AUGGUCGACUACCUUGAAGUAGUUGUUUGGAAAACUUCACAAGAGAUUAUAACCUGGCCGAAAUUUGAGCCCUUUGAGGAGUCAAACUGGCGACUCCUUAUGAGUGGUGGUUACUACAAAACUCCUAUCUUUCUCCCAACACAGGUUAAAAUCAAGGAGAACUUAUCCGGCCUACUGGGUUUAGUUGGUGACGCAGUGAAUGCGACGAGUUCGACUCAUCGUCAAGGCUUCCUGGACGCGCUUGCCUAUGCAUUCCGCGGCGUUAUUGUUGACCUCUACGAGACGGAUGAGCUCGGUGAGGACUCCAUGCUUCCUCCCUCCCUCUUUACUCUAUGUCAUAUGUUGUCCGAAAGAUCGGACGAUGAGAGUUAA